CAUGAAAAUUCCUAUAUAUGUUUGUAUGCAUGUGUACACACGCAUAGUAAGAUUCUAAGGAAACAGAGAAGACAACACAAAGAAAAUGAGAUCCUCUACUCAUAGUCGCCGCGGCUCCUCCCCCUUGGCUGCCUGUUUCCACCCUUCCACCGCCGCUACCAACGAAGAUACAUCGUCUUCUCUUCCAUCACCAUCAGCUACAUCGUAUUUUACCGGCGACCUCCCAAACCCAACCACCACUUGCAACUACCACACUAACGUCGGCGUUUUCUUCCUCUCAUGGUCUCAGUCCUUCCUACGCCGCUCUCUCCACCUCCAUUUCUACCACUGCAGCUCCGCAAAUUGCUAUCUCCACUCUCCCGAUUGCUACAGCCGCUCUGCUCCAUUCACUUUCAGACUAGAGAUCAAGCCUCUGACCUUCUGGAGAAAACAUGGAUCCAAGAAGAUAUCUAGAAAGCCUGAUAUUCGAGUCACGUGGGACCUGACUCAUGCAAGAUUUGGUUCAGGACCCGACCCGGUAUCCGGAUUUUACGUAGCCGUCCUUGUCUCCGGCAAGGUCGGUCUUCUGGUCGGAGAUUCUCUGAAACAGAGGCCCGAGAGACAAAUCUUGGUGUCGAGAGGUGAGAAUCUGUUUGGAAACAGAGUGUACCAUACGAAAAUCAAGAUUAAAGGAAAAGUAAGAGAGAUCGGUAUAGAUGUUAAGGUUCAUGAUGAUGCUACUCUCCGGUUUAGCGUAGACAAUAAAAAGGUUUUGAAGAUUGAGCAGCUUCGGUGGAAAUUCAGAGGAAACGCUAAGGUCGUGAUCGAUGAUGUGACAAUACAGAUAUCAUGGGAUGUAUACAACUGGAUGUUUGUUGACAAGGAUAAAGCUAAUCUGGCUAAAGUCCCUGCCGUGUUCUUGCUUCGGUUUGAGAAUCAAGAAGUGGAAGGGAACGAUGUGUUGAUGAUGAAGAAGCGUGAGCGGGACAACGUCGUCUUGGGGAAGGAGAACUCUCGAAUGCUGUCGUUUAGGGAGUCUUCGUAUGGUCACUGGUCUUCUUCUGUAAUGGAGUGGUCGACUUGUAAGGAGGAAGAUGAAAGGAGCUUUGGACAUAAGAGUUGGUUUUCUUUGGUUGUCUAUGCUUGGAGGAAGUAAAAUGACUCUUGGCAAUAGUUUCUUGAAAUCCCACCAUGGCUAAAAUAAGGAAUCCCAAUAUACCAAAGAUUAGGUCAAAUCAUCUAAUUGUUGUUAUGGCUUUCCUAUAAAUUACUUGUGUAGUUGUGUAUAUUUUUUUAGAAAUUUUUUACUCUUAUAAAGAGAUC